UGGGAGUUUUUAAAAUUAGGUAACUUUGGGGCCCUUUCAGCCUUGUCAUUGUCUCACAGAUCCUCUUCUAAGUAAUUUUAAAACAAAGUUUGAAGCAGCUGCCCUUUGUAAGAACAUUACAAACCAUGCUUACAUGACACACAGCUGGGCUUACUGCUCAUGGUCAUUACUCGCGGGUCUUCUCCAGCCUCUCUGAAGGAGCAAGGCUAAAAUCACUUCCCUCCACCCUCCUUUGUUGUAUGUACAUAUUGUAGCUGAUCUCCAGAAUUUUUGACCAUACUUUAUCUAUAAAUAUAAAAUUGAAGUUCUUGAGAAUUAACCGUUUAAGUUAAAAUAAUUAGGAAGAGCUUGCCCCAGGUCGACUAAUUUAUAGUUUUUCUUUGUAUUACCAGUUUUUUCCUCCAGUUUUUCUAUUGAAAAGUAUUCCUGAACCCAUAAAGACUUGUUAAGAUAUCAUUCUAGAAUCCCCACUAUUUAUUAUAGUUGUUAUAGUAACAGUGGAACCCAAGUUUUUUUUCAGAGCAUUAUUCAGUUUUUCAUAUGUAGGCAGAAAUGAUUUCAGGGGAAAGGUGAACCCAAAGCCCCAGUUGUGGGCAUUAGGCUCCAAUUUCCUAAAUCAUUGGUGGUUAUAAUGAUGGAUAGAUACCACCUUGUCUGGCACCUGGUCCACAGCUUUCCUGAAGUCUGCUAUAAGAGGGAGUAAAGGGCAGCCUGGGGGCCCCCAGCAAGAGCUGGAGGAGGGUCUGGAUGACCUGGAGGGUAGUUCCAAAGCAGUGUUGCCACAGCCCCUCUUUGGCACUGCUGUGAUCAAAUGCUCAUAGGAAAGCCUGAAGAGAGAGCAGAUGUGUAUGUAGGGGAAGAAAGCUGUGUAGUCGAAAAACAGGGUUGUUUUUCUUGAGUUGUACAGAGAACUGUGUUAACAGUAAAGCUUUGUGCCAUUGACAGGGUGUGAAAGAGGUAACCUGUGUUACUCUGAGACUUGUGACCUGCCCUGCCUAUGUCUAGCCAGCCAGAGUGAAUGGGGCCAGGGUUAGCUGCCUUCAUCUAUGCAGUCACAAAGGUAAAGGUGAUACUGGAGAGGAUAUUCCCUCCUGGGAGGCCUUGGCCUCACGCCCCACCAACCUUGGCCAGACUGGCUAAAUAUCACCUUUGUCUGAGACAGGGUUAUGCAUGUUCUCCUCUUCUACACCCUCAUGACAAGUCAAGGUGGCUUAAGAUCAAGAAGCAAGGACAUGGAUGUGGACUAUCCCUCCGAGCAGCUCUAAAGUAGGGCCAUGCACAUUGCCUUCCUGUCAGAGCCCUAGAGAAUAAGAGACGCUCGCUGCUGGUGAGAGAGGGUAUGGCCAGGAUUCCUGGAAUUGGAAGAUCUUCAGCUUCACCAUCUUUGGAGAACAAGGAAGAACAUGAACGAGAUGUGGCCCUUCUUAGUCGCAAGGAUUCUGACAGAGGGCACACAGAGGAGCAGCUGGUACACCAGGAGCCCUCCAACCUUGAUCCAAGCAUGCAGGCUCCACCCUGCAGCCUCCCCGCUGGGCUCAGCCUGGACGACUUCAUCCCUGGCAAUCUCCGGGCUCACAUAGGGUCAUCCUCCCAGGGGGCACGGGUGCCUGUGAUCCGGAAUGGUGGCUCCAACACCCUUAAUUUCCAGUUUCAUGACCCUGCGCCCAGGACCGUGUGCAAUGGGUACUUACCCUCCAGGAGAGAUGCUUCCCGGCACCCAGACCCUGCCUGGUAUCAGACCUGGCCAGGUCCUGGGAGCCAGCCCCUUGGGAGCCAGAAGACCCCUGCCUCCCAGCACCCCCACAACUGGUCAGCCACAUGGACCAAGGACAACAAGCGUCGGGACAAGCGCUGGAUCAAGUAUGAAGGAAUCGGGCCCGUGGAUGAGAGCGGCAUGCCUAUUGCCCCCCGAUCUAGUGUUGACAGCCCCAGGGACUGGUACCGAAGAAUGUUCCAGCAGAUUCACCGGAAAAUGCCAGACCUGCAGCUGGACUGGACCUUUGAGGAAUCACCCAAAGUGGCUUCCUCCUGUGUGGCCUCUGCAGACUCAAGGCAUCCAGCGCCCCAGCAAAGACCGGCUGCCAGGCCAGGCCAGGCCUCUUCUCUGAGUGGAAGAAGUUGGGACCCCUCUGAAGAGUCUUCUAGAAGCACCUUCAACUGUAAUCCUGGAGCAUCCUCCCUACACCAGACCCCACAUCAGGUGCUCAGACGCCAAGAGAAAGUGGAAAAUGUCUGGACGGAAGAUUCUUGGAACCAAUUUCUGCAAGAACUAGAGAGUGGGCAGAAGCCCAAGAAACCGCUAGUGGAUGACCCUGUUGAGAAGCCCUCCCAGCCCAUUGAGGUCCUGCUGGAGAGAGAGCUGGCCAAGCUGAGCGCGGAGCUGGACAAGGACCUGCGGUCAAUUGAGACCCGGCAGCCAUCCCCCAAGAGUUCCCAAGUGCCCCGACGGUGCCGGGAGCCGCGGCCUCCAGCGCGCCCGGCCUCCGCCUGGAGCUCCAGUUACCCGAAUGCACUUUACCAGGGUUCCUCCCGGCCCCUGAGCCCCCACAGAAUGGCGGAUGGAACAAGCCCCUUCCUAGGUCGCAGGGACUUUGUCUACCCUACCUCGGCCCGAGACCCUAGUGCCUCUGAACGAGGGGGCAGCCCAGCCAGGAAGGAAGAGAAGAAGAGGAAGGCCGCCAGACUCAAGUUUGACUUCCAGGCACAGUCCCCCAAGGAGCUGACUCUGAAGAAGGGUGACAUUGUCUACAUCCACAAGGAGGUGGACAAGAACUGGCUGGAAGGGGAGCACCAUGGUAGACUGGGCAUCUUCCCUGCCAAUUAUGUGGAAGUGCUGCCUGCAGAUGAGAUCCCUAAGCCCAUCAAGCCUCCAACCUACCAGGUGCUGGAGUAUGGAGAAGCAGUGGCCCAGUACACUUUCAAGGGGGAUCUGGAGGUGGAGCUGUCCUUCCGCAAGGGGGAGCGUAUCUGCUUGAUCCGCAAGGUGAAUGAGAACUGGUACGAGGGGCGCAUCUCCGGCACAGCGCGCCAGGGCAUCUUCCCUGCCAGCUACGUGCAGGUGUGCCGUGAUCCCCGGGUCCGGAUCUGUGACGAUGGCCCCCAGCUCCCUGCAUCUCCCCGUCUGACCACUGCCCGUCUGGCCCGGCACUCCAGCUCCUCAUUAGCACCACACAGCCCAGUCGAUCCUGACUGGGGGAGCCAGACCUCCCCCCGCCGUACUGGCUUCUCCUUCCCCACCCAGGAGCCCAGAGCCCAGGGCCAGGGUUUCGGCACCUCUGGGUCAGCUCUGUCCCAUCCUGGAGGCUCCAGCCGUCCCGUGGACCUGGGGACCUCCCCCAACACCACUCAGAUACACUGGACCCCGUAUCGGGCGAUGUACCAGUACCGGCCCCAGAAUGAGGAUGAGCUGGAGCUGCGGGAGGGGGAUCGGGUGGACGUCAUGCAGCAGUGUGAUGAUGGCUGGUUUGUAGGUGUCUCCCGGAGGACCCAGAAAUUUGGGACAUUCCCUGGAAAUUAUGUAGCUCCGGUUUGAGUGGUGGUCUCCGUGGCAACUCAGAGCCAAGCCAGGAUGGGGUGGGGAGCGGUAGUGCUUACAGGAGGGAGAGAAGAUCCGCCCCCCCCCCCCCCCUUCCCCAAGACCUGAGCUGCUGGCAUCUGCAGACAACUCCAGCAGCCAUUCUUUGGAGCCCCCUCGAAGCCCCCUGGACUGCUUCCCACCCACAACUCACAAACAUUCCUCCAACAGCCUUUUUAUUUCCUCCCCUACCACACUCCCCAAAUAUAGAGGUCUGCUUUGAAGUGGAGACUGUUUCCAGGCCUUAUUGAGACCAGACCCUGGAGCCCCCCACCACGCCCUGCUAUGGCAUUUCCUCUAACAGGGACCAGCUCCCAGCUUCACCCCCAUGGGGUUCUUCUAACAAGGACCAGCUUCCUAACCUAACAGAGACCAAAGGCCUCCUCUGCCUGGAGGAGAUUCCUCCUCUUUCAGUCCAGCUUACCUGCUGCCCCCUUUGCCUUCCUGCCUCCAGCUGGGCUUGGGAGUGAGGUGGGAGAGGGACACAGCACCUCCUUAGUGCCCAAGGCCUGGUAAGAGGUCUUGCCUGGAGGCGCCCUCUUCCCAAAGGCUGCCAAGCCCUGGGCUUGGGCUGUGUGGGCCAUCCUGCUGCUGUAGUGCCCAGGAAGGGCUGGGCCUCAGAGGACUGGCCUAUUCCAGGUGUUUUCCCAGAAGACUGAUAUGUGCUGCCCUCCAGCCUCCCCAGCUCCUCCAACCCCCAAGUCCCCUCUGAAAGAGAAUGUCAAAUAAAUCUGGAUACCAGGGA